UUGUGUCUCCCCCAUCCUAUAAGUAAACCGCCUUCCUCCCCCAGAAUCUCACACGAAUUCUUCCCUUUCACAUCAUCCACUCUCGGUUUCUGCCUCGACCACGACCACUACUCGCCCCCGUACUUAUUUAAAAACCCCUUCAAGCUCAUCUCGACACGCCAACACGCCACCAUGUCUUCCUACUCCGAAACCCUCACUGCCGAGCAGGCUAUCAGCUUGCUCAACGGCAGAUUUCAACUCGACUUGAUGCUCAAGCUGUCCAAGCUUGACAUCACCGACUUUCAGCAUCUUUCUCGGACACCUGCAUUCCGGGACGCCCUAAAGAGGGCGCUUCGAGUCUCCUGGAGGCAGCAGCAUGAUGGAGAGUGGAAGCCUGCGUGUGGCCAGGGCGUGGCCGUCAAGCGCCUUGAGGAGUGGGCGACGUCUGCCGUGUACGCGCAAAUGAUAAAUCGUCGCUAG